AUGGAGAAAUGCACACAAUCACCACCUAUCUUGAAAGUAGAACACCUAUCUCUUCAGGCAGAGAACAUGAUUCUAGAGUCACAAUGGGAUCAUCCAACCAAGGAGAACCCUGACCUGAGGAGCCAAGCCAUAUCUGCCGUGGACAUCACAGAGAUGUCUGAAUCCCACUCAUUUGGGUAUCCCUCCCAGGUUCCUGGUGAUGAUUCUGCCAAUAUAUCAAAGUUUCUUGCUCAGAUGACCACCUGCUUGUCAACAACCAAGUUGCCUAAAUCUCCAAAUGAUGAUCAAGCAAAGGUGUGUUUUGACCACAAAUCUCAGCAAAUGGAAAGUUGUCAGGUCAUAUCUGGACCUUACCAAAGUACUUUGAUGAAACAAAAUGAGAAAUAUAUUCUUGAAUUUCUUUGUGAACCCACCAAUCGGGAAGUAAACUCUCUGGAAAACAUAAAGGUUGAUAAAGGUGACAAUCCCCAGCAGAAUGCUAUUAUUUUCAAACAUCUGAGCAGCAAUGAAACCAACCAGAGAGAUCAUUCCCAAGAGGAAUUACCUGACUCCAUUGAAAAGGAAGUGAGUGGCACAGGUAUAAUGGACAACCUUCCAGACCUGAUAACUCAGUGUAUUCAGUUAGACAAGAAAUGCAACAACAAGCCAGAGCUCCUACAGUCAGAGACCCAGCUUCCAAUGUUGACUUCUCUGGUAUGCAACCAAGCUCUCUACAACCCCAAAGAUUCAUGCAAGGAAAAUUCUAUACAGUUGCAUGGAGGCCAUCCCCUUCGUACCCCAGUCAAAAGAGCCCAUCAGCAAGAAACUCACUUGUGCCUGUACUGCAGCCAGUCUGAUCAUUUCACAAGAGAUUGCCUUGCCAAACGUUUUAGAGCCCCCCAAAGGAUAAAUAACCCAACACAUAAGUAA